CCAAUGAAGCUGUGUAUUCAGAGAUAAGCUAGCUAAGUACACACUCAUCAUCACUCUCUCUUUUCUACACUUCUUUGGUGGGGAUCAGAUCUUGUUCUUCGUUCUGCAAAAUUCAGAAUAGGGUUGAUUCUUGUUCAGUCUUUGUUUACUCAUUGCAAGAAAACCCAUGAUCUGAUAAAUCGGUUUCUUUAAAUUUCUGCCUUGAUUUUCUGAUCUGGGUUCCUCUGUUUCAUCACCAUUUUCCUUUCAAUGAAGAUCAAGAAUUGUUAAUUUCAGUUUUACCUUUCUGUUUGUCUGUUUUCUCUCUUACCCUUCUUUAAGAAAAUAUAGAUUUCUAAUCAGCAAGAAAUGGAAGAAGAUCAAGAAAUGUUGAAACAUUCAUGUAAGUUCUGCAACAAGAGCUUUCCCUGUGGUAGAUCCUUGGGGGGUCACAUGAGGUCUCACAUGAAUAAUGAAGAUAAAGAUUUCGCCAAGCAGAAGCUCUCUCAUGAUAAUCCCAAAAUCAAGAAAAGUAGCGUCACUGAGAUUUCCAGCUUCGGAGCCGGAAGUAAUUCUGGUUAUGUCCUCAGAGAAAAUCCAAAGAAGACAUGGCGACUUACAGAUCAUUCAAGUGAAGAAACUUCAGUUCAUCUCCUCCAUGAUAAGUUCUGCAGAGAGUGUGGGAAAGGUUUCCAGUCGUGGAAAGCACUGUUUGGUCACAUGAAAUGUCACUCAGAAAAAGAGAAACUUUCCAUUAAUGGGGGUGAUAAUACUAGUUUGGAUGGUGGAGAACAGGAAUCUUGGGCUAGUGCUAACCAGAAGCUUGUCAUGGACAGCCAAUCCGACAACGAAGCUGCUGGACCACCAAGUCGAAGUAGGAGAUCAAAGAGGAGAAUCGGCACUGCUGCAAAUUCUUCUUCUGUGUCCGAAGUUGAACAAGAACAAGAAGAAGUUGCCAUGUGCUUGAUGAUGCUUUCAAGAGAUGUGAGCAAUUGGGCUGGGUUGAAUUCUGUUGCAGAGUCUUCUGAUAACAAUUCUGUGUUCUUGGAAACUAAAUUGAUCAGUGGUAAUGGAGAUGAGAAGUUGAAGAAGAAGGUAAACCAGAAAGUAAUGGAGUCAAGCACCGUGGAAUAUUCUGCUUCUGGGUUUUCAAGAAUAGAGUCUAGAAUCAACAGAAAUCAAAUUUCUAGCGAUGGGUUUUCCAAGAUUGAUGAGAAAAUUAGAAAGAGAAGUGGAUUAGGAUUAGGCCAAGUUGAAGCUCAAUUGGGUUGCAGUGCCAAGAAAAGCUUUCUUGAUUUUGCUGCUGCUGAUGAUGAUGAUGGUGGUGAUGGUGAUGAUGAUCAUUAUCCAGAUUCUUUGAAAAAAUCAACAAGUGAUCAUGAUGUUUCUGAUUCUGAACUGUUAAUCUUCAAGGAUUCAAAGAAGAGAAGCAAAUUCAAGUGUACUACUUGUGACAAGAUCUUCCAGUCUUACCAAGCUUUAGGAGGCCACAGAGCUAGCCAUAAAAAAACCAGAGGCUGCUUUUCUUCGACAAUUGACACCAAUGAGAACACCAUUAAUGAAACUCAUCAUCACCUUCAUCAUCAUUAUCAGCAGCAGCAGAAGCAGCAGGAGCUUUCUCCCAUCAAGUCAACCAGAAAAGAGACUAAAACCCAUCAGUCAGUUCCCAACUUCGAAGAAAACAACAAGGCUAAAACAAAGAAAAGCAAAGGACAUGAGUGCCCAAUUUGUCUCAAAGUAUUCCAAUCAGGACAGGCUUUAGGGGGUCACAAGAGAUCUCAUUUACUUGUUGGCACAGAGACAAAAUCCAACCAAACAAUUGUGAUUGAGCAAAAACCAGCACCCAAAAUUCGGGAGUUUCUCGAUUUGAAUCUUCCUGCUCCGGUUGAAGAUGAGACCGGUAAUAACAAUAAUGCUCAUGCUGGAUUUGAGCAAUGGUGGAUGAGAAGCAGCCACAAACUUGGGUUGAUCUCAAACUGAUUCAAGUUCAAUUCAUCAUAGUUCAUGAUUUUUUUUUUUUUUUUCUCCAUAGUUUUUUUCCUUUUUCCCAAUAAAAAGUUUGAACAAGUUCUGUACAGACAGCUUUUUCUGCAGAUCGUUAUUUCAUUCAUUCUUUUACAGAUUCAAGAAUUCAUCA